CAAUAUUGUAAUUUGUAAUGUAAACUUGUAAGUUGUAAUAUAAAUGUAGAUUUAAUGACCUAAUAAUUAACGUAUUAGUCACUAUAUAAAUAGAUUGACAGUGUUGUAAAUGCUGCAUCUGUAACGUAAAACAUAUUUUGAUGUUUUGAUAAAUACGUACUUAAUUUUAAUAUCUAUUAGUCAGUGACUCAGACAGUUGAGACUUGUUAGUUGUUUGUGGCUUCGCUAACUGCAUCCUGUUAUCCGUAAUCAAUGCCCUACAUUUUGAUUAGAGGCAAUUUAGCUUCUUACGGCCACAAAAACCCUUGGCGUGUUUUGGUUUCUGGCCUGAAAGCUGGAGAUAUAGAACAACUGAAAAGAUUUGCAUGUGGAGGUUAUUCUGAUGAUUCAACCAUUGUCUAUCUGCAACAUCCAUGUGUGAUAUUGAGUGCUUUAGAAGUCUUAGGGUAUAAAGUGGUUGCUUCUAGUUCUACAGCAGUUAAACAAGAUUACAAUGAAUACAUGUGGACAAUGAGAAAAGAAUUUUCAGAACCAGAACCUUCAAUUAUUGUAGAACAAGAUAACAUUACCAACUUCAGUAAGGAAGCAUUACAAUAUCACCAUUCAAACAAGGACGAGGUUUAA